GGCCACGAUGAUGCGACGCCUGGUGACGUUGGUCGCGAUGGCCUGUGCGCCAGUGCUCUCGACGCAUCACGUAGUCACGCCGCAUCCGAAGCAACGCUGCUUCCCCGAAGAUUUCCUCCUCGGGACGGCCACUGCUGCCUACCAAGUCGAAGGCGGGUGGAACCUCACGGGCCGUACGCCCAGCAUCUGGGACGACUUUUGCCGAGUUCGCGACAACGUGCAAUGCGCAAAUGUUGCCGACGACAUGAUCCAUCGGUACGUGAGCGACAUCGCGAUCAUGAAGGCCAUGGGCCUGUCGUCAUUCCGGUUUUCAAUCUCGUGGCCGCGAGUCAUGACGUGGAGCAACAAUUUGCAACGCAUGUUGCGCAACGACGCCGGCAUUGCGUUCUACCACGACCUCCUCGACGCCACGCGUGCCGCCAACCUAAAGGCCGUCGUGACGUUGUACCAUUGGGACCUUCCCUCGGCGCUCCACACGCAUGCGAACGGGUGGUUGAACUCGUCGAUUGUGUCGCAUUUCAAUGAGUAUGCCUCCUUGAUGUAUGACGAGUUUGGCGACAAGGUGGACUUUUGGACGACGUUCAAUGAGCCAUGGUCGUUUUGUGUUGGGGGAUAUGGCGGCGGGUGGCAUGCACCAGGCAUCUCCAACUCGAACACGGCGUCGUACGUCGCUGCCCAUCACGUCCUUGUUGCGCAUGCCACGGCUGUGCAAACGCACCGGUCCAAGCACCUGAAGUCUAAGAUCGGCAUCACCCUCAACGCCGACAUGGCUCUACCACUGGACCCGUCUAACCAAAACGACGUGGAAGCAGCCGAGCGCAAGCUCCAGUUCUCCCUUGGAUGGUUCCUAAACCCCAUCGUAAAUGGCGACUACCCCACCGUCAUGAAGCAGCGCGCGGGGCACUACCUCCCGCGCUUUACACCGACCGAGUCAGCACUCCUCAAGAAGAGCUACGACGUCUUCAUGCUCAACCAUUACUCGACCAACGUGGUCACCGACUGUGCAUCGCCCACGUCGACGGUUGCAUGUAAUUCGCUCCUACUUGGCUGGAACCGAGACGUGGGUGUGGAUGCGGAGCGGAUUCCAGUGGGUGCUCGCACGGGCGACACGAACGCCAAGGGCGACCCGCUUUGUGCGUGGUUCAACGGCUACCCUGCAGGAUACCUUCCCAUGAUCCGGUGGAUGCACGAUUUCGACCCGUCCGCGUCAAUCCUGCUCACGGAAAACGGAUGGUGUGGCAAGAAUGUGGUCGAGAACGACAACCAGCUGUGGUACUUUCAAACGUAUUUGGACCAAGUGUGGCAAGCCAUCGACGAGGGCAUCCCGAUCAUCGGGUACACGGCGUGGUCGUUUGUAGACAACUACGAAUGGGGCUCGUUCGACCCGCGGUUUGGUCUGUUUCACGUCGACUUCCCACCCCAGACGGGAUCGCGAGAUGGAUUUAUCCCCAAGUCUACCGACCUCCGCCGCACGCCGCGACCGGCUGCGACAUGGUAUGCCCAAGUGGCAACGACCAAGUGCUUCCCGCUGACGACCACCUACAAGUCUGUGCCGUCUUCGGAAUACACUGAUCCGUUGGCCAGCACGACAACGUCCCAUUGGGUUCAAGGCGCCGUCACCGUUGGUUUCGUCGGCCCGAUGCUGAUUGCAGCCACCGCCCUCGUGGCACUCAUGUACGGCAAACACCGCCAAGAUCGCCAUGAACUUGGCGAGCACACGCCGCUCGUCCCAAAGACGUAAUCGACCUUGCGAAAAUCGAUCGGUGACUAGCCCGUUCAGUUGCUUGAGCUCUACCGGCUGCGGAAUCUCGAGUCAUGUUCAUCUUGGUCUUACUUCCUUUGCACUCCAUGGCGACAGCGCGACGGCAUGGCAUACGCGGAAAACGCUGCUUGCG